AUGGCGAGGACGUACUUUGUUCUCUUUCUCUCUGUGUUGAUGUUUUCCGGUACUGGAGGAAAGCGAACCGAGGAAUGCAAACCAAUCGUUAUAAACAAGAAGGAAGUACCUCGUACAGAGACAUAUCAUAAAGAUACUACGCGAUCCUUUGGCAAACCUGGAUCGGCUCUAUCGCAUCCGGUGAUGAAGAAGUCUUGCAAAAACGCCAGAGAAACAACUCCACCUGUAGACACCGUUGCCAAUGUACCACGUGACUGUGCUGAUAUUCAGGGUAGAGGGGAAAAUAUCAGCGGUAUCUACGGCAUUCAUCCGCGUGGAGUGAAGAACCCGUUCAACGUCUUCUGCGACAUGGAGACCGCAGGGGGUGGUUGGACCGUUUUUCAACGCAGACUGGAUCUGGGAGACGAUCUUACGUACUUUUCCGGUAACAUGACGGCUUACAAGCAUGGUUUUGGUAGUUUCGACGCCGAACACUGGCUAGGCAACGACAAGCUUCAUUACCUGACGAACCAAAAAGCGUACGAACUACGGCUAGACAUUAAGACGUUCCUGGUGAAGAAGGCCAUAUACGCUCGUUAUCGUUACUUCGCCAUCGGCAACGGGACUAGGAAUUAUACACUGACAGUCAACGGCUAUUCUGGUGAUGCAGGGGGAGGAAAGGUUGGAGAUGGUUACGGACAUCGAAGUUCGUAG